GUCGAUUUCUUCCUGACUGGCAGUGACGCCAGAUCACGUCAUCGUCAGUUUUGAUGCGAAGGGGAAGUUGGGAGGAACCGAAAAGAAGAUCUGGGAGCGGCCGUUUGAGAGAAACACUUUUGAUUUCAGCACAGGAGAUUGGUGUUUAGGGUCAUGGCAGGAAGAGGCGGAGCAACGAGACCUAACGGUCCAAACGCCGGCAACAAGAUCUGUCAGUUCAAACUAGUCCUUCUGGGCGAAUCUGCCGUGGGCAAAUCCAGUCUAGUCCUUCGCUUCGUAAAAGGACAGUUUCACGAGUUUCAGGAAAGCACAAUAGGAGCGGCCUUCUUGACUCAGACGGUAUGUUUGGAUGACACAACAGUGAAGUUUGAAAUUUGGGAUACAGCCGGCCAGGAGCGCUACCACAGUUUGGCCCCGAUGUACUACAGAGGAGCACAGGCGGCCAUAGUGGUGUAUGACAUCACGAAUGAAGAAUCGUUUGCACGUGCGAAAAACUGGGUGAAAGAGCUUCAAAGACAAGCCAGUCCAAAUAUUGUAAUAGCUUUGGCUGGAAACAAGGCAGAUCUUGCCAACAAGAGAGCAUUGGACUUUCAGGAUGCACAGUCAUACGCAGACGACAACAGUUUGCUUUUCAUGGAGACGUCAGCCAAGACGUCAAUGAACGUGAAUGAAAUUUUUAUGGCUAUCGCAAAGAAACUACCCAAGAGUGAGCCACAACCUGCCGUUGCCAACACGGGACGCAACAGAGGUGUGGAUCUAACGGAAACAGCACAGCCGGCGAAAGCUCCCUGCUGUAGCAACUGAAGGGCAGCGCUCAUCACCUCCUAACAGCAUCACAUCUGGACAUGGGGCUCCUCCUUCCAAACCUCGCUCCUCGGAUUAGCUAAAGACUCUGUAUAGCUGUGUUUCUAAUACCUUUUUUUACUUUUUGUUUUUAAGGAAAUAUGUAAAUCAGCAGUCUACCGGAUGCAUGUAUCACUACAAAAAGCUAAAUACACGUUUUUAACUUAAUUCAGCAGGAGAACAAACCCGCUUGAGAGAAAGAGUGAGUGUGUGUGUGUUUGAUAUGUGGAAGCGACUGGCUGUGCAAGAACGUGACCUGAUGUUAUGACCAGACUCAGAUGGAAUCUGCAGACAUUUUCAGUGCCGAAUAGAGAGAGAAAAUCUGUAGAUUUAGACCGAAAUAAAAUGCAGUAAACUGCGAGUAAACAAACAGGGUUUUGUUGGGUGUUUGCAGAUUCCACGCCGGCCUGCUCAUGACCUGGGUCAGAUUGAAUCGGCUUGGCUUUUAAUACGACUGCUGUUUUUAACAGAAAUCAUCCAUACUCCAUCAGCAGCUGGUCUAUGUUAUGGGCUUUCAUUUGGGAUGUGGGACCUUCUCGUUCUAGUUCAGCAUUUCUCUAUACAUCUGAUGUUCUCUGGACAGCCGCUCCUACCACUGUGUGAUCUUAAUAACUCCCAUAUUGCCAUUGGCCUUGUUCGUGGAACGGGCCAUUGAGUUCUGAUGAGAUUAUGAAAAUAAUGGGCCUGUUGACUUCAGGUGCAUGCAUCUAUUACUGGAUGUGACGAUUCGACUGGUGAACCGAUAAAAGAUAAAAUCUAGGAAGACGGUGAAACAUUUUCAACCUGCUGUAUGCAUUACUUUCAUUAUUAUUGUUAUUAUUCAUUUCCACUGUAUUCCCAUCUUUGCGUUUUUCUUACACUUAUUUUUGCAUUGGACAAGCGAUGGUCAGGCCCAGAUGAAAUGAGCAUUUUCUGCAAAGUUCUGUGGAAUCGAUUUACACGUUGCGUUUAGUGGAGUAGAGCGCUAGAUUUGUGGUUAGCAAUGAUAAAUCGGCCAAAAUGAUAGUUCAGAUAUUCACAUGCAUUCACCCCAUUUACUUUCCUAAUGUACGUUUUUGGGUUGAAUACACCAUGUUAUUAAAAAAAUACUUUUAGCAAUGAGUUUUAAGAAAAGUUGCUUAAUUGACAUGAGAUAUUACAUACCGUACAAUCUUUAUUAUUCAAUUCCAGAUAAAAAUACAGCUGAAUAUCUUGGAUAACUUUGAAAUAAAUAUAUCGUGUUGACUUCAUUAAACGGAUGUGCAAGGGAUGAUGGGUGUGUGAAACAAAUGUGAUGAGUGUAAAAGUGUGAAGCUGCAAAUUUCAUGUGGGCCUGAUAAUAAAUUCAGACGUCAAACAAACAACUAUUUCAGCAUCUUGGACAUGUCCAGGAGUUUUCUUACUGGAAGCCACAGGCAACUCACGUCACUGCAUUAUUUGUGUCAGUGCCGUGUGGAAUUUUCAGACGUCGUCAGCACUUGUUUGAGGCAUGUUUGCAGGCAAAUGUAAAUUAUACGUGCUGUACGCCUAAAGCAAACCUCUCAAAAUAAAAGAGGGCGUUUGUUUGUUAAAGCAGUCUCUUGAAAAUUGAUUUAAGAACUUUAAAAUAUUAAAACUGCAUGACUUAAAAAACAGCCAUUUGCCUUUGUAUUAAAGCUCUUGACAAGACGGUAAAUUUGCACACUGUAAAAAUCUUACUACCAGUUUGAAGUUUCUUUUCACAGAAAAUCACGUUGGAAUGGUUUUUUAAUGUAUGUAGUGUUAUUAACAAAUGAACUUGACUUUUAGUCAGUGGUCUGUUAUGUACCUUCUCUCGAAACGCUCUCAAUGUUUUUAUUUCUAAGAAACUAUUGAAUUGCACAAUUUUGAGUUGCGUUUUUUUUGUUAUGAAAUUGUGGCUGCCUGUUGUUUCCCAAAUGAUUUCAUGAUGGACUUAUAAACAACACUCCUGAUGGACCACAGGUAGCUAAGGUCAACUAACCGCCAGGUGUUCAAACCCAAUUGAUUCAUUGAUGUAAUGCAUUAACACUGAUUGAGGGACUGAUUGAUUUUUAAUGUCCAGGUACAAGAAUAUUUCCAAUAAAGGGGGUGAAUUGUA